AUGCCACCGUCAGGCGCCGGCUGUUUCUCGCCUGCUCCAUCACAGACGUUGUCGGUGCUGCUGCCUGCUGCCUGCAGUGGGUUGCUCGAGCCUCGAUUCGAAGGAACAACAAGGUUGUGGGAUGUUGGAGGAGGUGACUUUGGAAAUCUAGAAGAUUCUAUUUGUCUUGGCAUGGCGGAUCUUUCUCUUGAUGAGCCCGAGUUGGAAACUACUUUUGUAGUGGAGGAUGAUGAUGGAUGUGAUCUGCAUGAGAAUGUAGAUGCACAAUUGUUAAGUGAUAGUUAUGAAGCUAGAACAUUUGGUGGUUCAUGCGAAGUUGAUAGAGAUGAUUUGGGUGACGGGACUCAAACUCCAAGAACUAUAACACAAGUUACCCCCAAUGGUUCUACAUUAUGGAUUCCUCAUUGUGAGUUUGAUAAAAAGCCAUCUGUUGGUAUGACUUUUGAAAACUUAGAGAAAGCCUUAGAUUUUUAUGGUAAAUAUGCUGAAAUUUGCGGUUUUGAUAUACGUUCAUCUACUAGCUACAAAAAUAAGGGUAUUUUUGUUUUAAAAUAUUUUGUUUGUAGUAGGGAGGGUAUCAUAAAACCUAAACCUAAGAAAAGUGCAGAUGUUGUUCCACGUUAUAAGAGAUCAACCAAAAGAAUUGGUUGUAAAGCUAGAUUGAUUUUGAAAUAUGACAUAGUGAAGCGAACAUACCAUGUUUUAAAAUUCGAAGAGGCGCACAAUCAUUGUCUAUUUAGCCCUACAUCGCGUCAAUAUUUAUUGGGUAAUAGGAAAAUGACUUUGUUACACAAAAAUUUCAUAUCUAAGAAUGCACGGGUUAAUAUAGGACCGGUUAAAUCCUUUAGAUUGUUUAAGGAAAAUGUUGGGGGUUAUGAGAAUGUGGGAGUGACAAUGCAAGAUUUUAAAAAUUUCCAUAGGGAUUUGAAAACAUAUAUUAAAGGAGAUGAUGGGAAGAUGUUGAUCGAGAAUUUUAUCAGAAAAAGAGAUAUUUACACGGGGUUUUAUUUUGAUUAUGCUUUAGAUGAGGAGGACCACAUUUCACGUUUAUUUUGGGCCGAUGCGAUAAGUAGAAAGAAUUAUUGCUUAUUUGGAGAAAUGGUUACUUUUGAUUGUUUAUUAGCUAAGGAAGAUAGUGAAUCUUUUGAGUGGUUAUUUAGCACUUUUUUACAUUGUAUGGGGGAGUGUAUGCCAACAUAUUUGAUAACUGAUCAAGACCCUGCAAUGAAAAUUGCGAUUAAAAAUGUAUUUCCAAAUACAAUACACAAACUUUGCAUGUGGCACAUCAUGAGUAAAGUUACUGAUAAAGUUGGACCGGAAUUGAACAAAAAUGAGGAUUUUUUGAAAGAAUUAAAUGGAGGUACAAACAAGAUAAGCUCAAUGCUGAAUCACUUCACACAAAUCCACAAUAUAAAACACCAUUGCCGAUUGAAAAACAUGCCGGUGAAGUCUAUACUAGAAAAUUUUUCUUUUCUUUUUCAACAUGAAGUUUAUAAGUCUUGUUUCAACACUUACAUUCAAAAUAUCAAAAAGUUUGAAAGUGUGGAAAGUAUAACUGUUUUGGACUCAACGGUAAGUAAGAUGUACAAGGUGAAAUUUAUUCUGGGAAGUUCAAUUGAUGAGUUGAAGGUUGAUUGUGAUUGCAAGUUAUUUAAACGGACAGGAAUAUUAUGUUCCCAUGCGAUUUGUGUCAUGAGUGCAAGACAAAUAACACAAAUACCAAAGCAAUAUGUUUUAGAUCGUUGGACGAAGCUAGCAUUAAAGAAGCCUAUUUUUUAUUUGCAUGGGAAUCUGAUUGAAGAUAGAAAAAAGUUUGACAACGUGGGGAAGUUGUUGGGGGAAGUUUGGUGUGAAAUUUUCAAUUGUGUAGGUUUAGCUCAAAGGAGUGAGAGUGAUUUACAAUCACUUUUACAAAACCUAAAAGAUAUGAGUAGAAAAUUGGAGGAAAGUGAUGAUGUGAGGGUGGACAUUACUAAAGAGCAACAAAUCGAAUUAUUAGUAGGCACAAGUUCAUCUUCGACAAUAGAAAUACAAAACCCAAUCCAAUCAAAGAACAAAGGAAGAAGGCAAAGAAUAAUUGGGGAAAAGGAACAAACUAUUGAGCAAAGCAAGAAGCCCAAAAGAAAGUGCAAAACUUGUGAAAAAGUUGAUGCUGAAGAACAGAUAGAUGAAGAGAUUAUUAAGAAGUUUGAAAGUUUUGAAUACACUAUUCAGUUGAAGAGAUAG